AUGCGUCAGGGGUCUAAGAAUCCUUGGAUCGACUUCGAGGAGUUGCAGAAGGAAGCCAAGGACGACCAGCCAACUCCUCCGCCGCUCCCGGCACACCUGCAGAUCCUCAAGGAAGACCGCGACAGGAGAAAGAACGAGAAGUUCGUUGUCAAGCAGAAGAAGAAGAGGGUUCCGAAGGGCAACAUUGUGCCCCUGGCGCCCAACGAGCCGGACAUCCAGCUGGGAAAGACACUGGUGGCUGCGAAGCCACAUCGCAUCACCGCAGACCAGAUCGAGCUCGGGCGGCGCACCCUCAGGAGGUUGAUGGGGCGAAAAGGCGACUUCCUGGUCAAUGUUCAUGCCACCUACGCAGUCACGCAGAAGCCCCAUGGUGUAAAGAUGGGGCAAGGGAAGGGAAACAUCGAGUACUUCGUGGCUCGCGUCCCUGCAGGGCGGGUGAUGUUCAAGCUUCUUGUCUGCAG